AUGUUUAGGAGACAUUUUUCCACUGGAUUGCGUUGUUUACAACAUUAUGAUGACCAGUUACUCUCUAAGUACUAUCCGAAAGAACUGCUUAGGUCGAUACAGAUGGCACAGGACGUGAUACCGGCCUCGACGAAUUUUAAAGUAUCACACAACGUUGAAUUUGCACCUUCGUAUUUGGACGAUUUCAGUAAGAUCGACUCGUAUUGGGAUUAUAAACCCGGUAUGCCCCAUGUGCAUUCUCAACGGGAUGAAUUGGUUCAGAAUGCUAUUUACGAUUGGAAUGUAACUCAACAACCGCUUCCCGGAACAGGUCAUGUCCUACCCCCAGGUGUAUCACUUCCUACCACUGGAGGUCGUUCGUCGAAGACUUUGGAUGUUGCUAGAGGGUUGCAGAGACAAACAGGGGUCGAUAUCGACUAUAUUACUAGGAAAUUGGUAAUGAAGCCACUGGUGAUGAAGAGGGUAUCAAACCAGACCGGUAAGGGUAAGAUUCCUUCGUUUUACGCACUAGUGGUUGUUGGAGAUCGUCAUGGUAUGGUUGGUCUUGGAUCGGGUAAAUCGAGAGACGAAAUGUCCAAGGCUAUUUCCAAAGCUCAUUGGGAUGCUAUCAGAAACCUAAAGGAGAUUCAUCGUUAUGAGAACAGAACAAUCUUUGCAGACAUAGAUUAUCGUUAUCACGGUGUGAAACUGCAUUUAAGAAGUGCCAAACCUGGUUUUGGGCUCAGAGUGAACCAUAUCAUCUUUGAAAUUUGCGAGUGUGCUGGGAUUAAAGAUCUCAGUGGGAAAGUUUACAAGUCAAGAAACGAAAUGAAUAUUGCCAAGGGAACCAUUGAAGCCCUCGUUGGGGCUCAAAAGACCUUGGAUGAGAUUGCUCUCGGCAGAGGUAAGAAGAUUGCAGAUGUGAGGAAAGUUUACUACUCUGCUUAG